UCUAAUGUCUAUAAUCCUCGGGCGUAAUAUUUUAUUUAUAAAUGUAUUUUACUUUAUUAAUUUAUUCAAUUGAAACGUAUGUAUAGCAAUCGUGCUUGCAAUAUGCAAAUUUGGAAAAUUAACCCUCCGUAUUAUCUAAUAUUCAUCGGAGUGAUUUCGACAGGACAAGAUGAGUAGGCUUUUCAGAUCAGCAUUGUCAAGAAUCAGGACGUUGACAUUUGUAUCGCAUCCGCCCAAGCUAUGUGUCCACACUAGCAGUGUCCAGUGCAGUGGACAGUUAGACGGUAAAACAACCGACUACAGUCGCUUCCCAGUGCCAGACAUUGAGGACCUUCCACAGGACAUGAGGGACCGGAUGACUGAAGUUGAGGAAAAGUCCGGAUUUAUGCCCAAUGUAUUUAAUGCCAUGUCCUAUCGACCUGAUGAUCUCCGAUGCUUCAUGAACUACUAUGAUGUUGUGAUGGGCGACAGAGGUAAUUUGACAAAGGCAGACAAGGAAAUGAUCAUUGUGGCAACCUCUUCUGAAAAUGGCUGUUUAUACUGCAUUAUAGCCCACGGGGCACUACACCGAAUCUACUCCAGGAAUCCUCAUGUAGCUGAUCAGUUGGCAGCCAAUUGGAAGACUUCCGACAUUGAUGGUCGUCAGUAUGCCAUCUUGGACUUUGCUCUGGACGUCUGUCACUGUCGCCCUCUGUCUGAGGAGAAAUUUGAAAACCUUUACAAGCAUGGCCUCACGAAGGAAGAUGCCUGGGACAUUGGUGCAGUUGUAGCACUUUUUGCUUUGUCUAACCGUAUGGCCUAUCUAACCAAUAUGAAACCUAACAAGGAAUUCUAUUUGAUGGGCAGAGUGAAGCGGGAACAGAAGAAAGAAUAGAUCUAAUGAAGCUCUCAAUGUAAAAGCAUGAUUACUGUGUAUAACCAUAUUGCAUUACUAUGUAAUGUAACUGUAGAGAAUCAGAUAUAUCAUCGUUGUAAUAGGUAUUUAAUCAAAAAGAUAAUCAAAUAAAUCAUCACAUGAACACUGUACCAAGAACAGAGGUCACAUGACCACUGUACCAAGAACAGAGGUCACAUGUCCACUGUACCAAGAACAGAGGUCACAUGACCACUGUACCAAGAACAGAGGUCACAUGACCACUGUACCAAGAACAGAGGUCACAUGACCACUGUACCAAGAACAGAGGUCACAUGUCCAUGUUUAAUGUUUGGGUUAGGUUUGGAGAUAAAGUAACAUGGUUAAAACAAGUUUUUGUAAGAUAAACAAUUAACAGUCUUGUAAAUGUGUAUGGCAUAUUUCAGAAGAGUGGAUACUUCUUAAGAAUACAUUGGUAUGAUAUUUAUAUCUGUUUUAUAAUAUAAAUCAAACAGGACUGGAUCUUGGAGGAAACCUUUUAGUAUUCCUUAUGAUUAAAAAGUGGUCACAGAAGUAUAGGUAUGUAAUAUUCUUACAAAAAAUUGACUUUUUAGCCCACCAUCUGAUGAUGGUGGGCUAUUCAAAUCGCCUUGCGUCUGUGGUCCGAGGUCCGUCCCUCUGUCCGUCCAACUGUCCGUUAACAAUUCUUAUUGCUAUUUCUGAGAAAGUACUGAAGGAAUCUUUCUCAAAUUUCAUAUGUAGGUACCCCUUGGUCCCUACUUAUGCAUAUUGCAUUUUGUGACUGAUCGGAAAACAACAUGGCCCACAGGCAGCCAUCUUGGAUUUUGACAAUCGAAAUUUGUUAUCGCUAUUUCUCAGAUAUUAUGCAUGUUUCAUUUUGGGACCUAUUGGAAAACAACAUGGUCGACAGGCAGGUAGGUUCCCCUUGGUCCGUUGUAUUGCAUUUUUGGACCAAUCUGAAAACAUGGUCGACAGAGCCAUUAUCGCUAAAUCUCAAAUUUCAUAUAUAAAUUCCCCUUGUUUGAAAAGUACUGGAGGGAUGUUUCUCAAUUUACACAGAUUAUUAAGAGGAAGGGAAAAAUAGAGAGAUCAAUCUGACAUGAAACCUAUCAAGAUAAAUCAAUGGCGAGCGCCAAGAUCCCUCUGGGAUCUCUUGUUUCUGGUGGUGUGCCAUUUUGUGUUUAAUGUACUGUCUAUAAACCAAGACAGUCAGGCGAUUUACUUUAAGAUAGGUGUUUUAUACAAACAUAAAGUACAUAUUACAUAUCUAUAAGAAAUUAUGUCAAGAGGAGUUGUCUCCCCUUUAUCUUUACUAAGGUACCAGUAUUUUUCAGAAAUCUUUAUCCUAUUGUGUGUUCUAGUCUGAAUUGAAUAUAUUUCGUUGAAGCUUUCUUGAAUAAAAUGAUUAAAAUCAAACAGGUCUCAUAUACCAAUAAUGUAAAUAAUUAUUUUUGUUGAAUUAGUUAUGUUAAUGACACGAUGAUUUUAUACAUUGUUUUUUUUUUUAAAUUUAAAUAUAUACAAAAUACAGUAUUUAGUUGCUUAUUACAGUAACAACAAGCUUUAAGCUUUAUAAUUAAACAUUUAUCUGCAGCUCAGCUGUACCUAUGCCUAUUGUAUCAGGGCUAUGUCCCUGAAUGUUUUGUAUACAGUUGUUAUAUUUUUGUAUCCAGAAUGAUGUUCACUCAUGAUUGAAAUAAAAAAAAAAUAUACCAUAACCGA